AUAAAGUUUCGAUUAAUGGACGUUAUCAGUAAACUUAGGGAGUCUUCAACUCAAAACAUCCUAACAAGUAGUAAUUUAAGAAGAUCUCAGUGGUGUGAAAUGGAGGAGGACGGUUUUAAACUGGUGAAGAAAAAGAAAAAGAAGAAUUAUGAACAGUUUGAUGAAGAAUCCCCUUUGUACCUGGAACGAGUCAAAAAGAAGUUUUUGGAAGUAAAAGGCAUGAUGGUGGAUUCUCUUCAGUUUUUCAGUUUUGUCAAGUCGAUUGAUGAAGGCCUUGUCAAUCUUGACUCGCCGAAGGUGGAAGAGAUCGUCUGCUAUGGUCUCGGAAACUUUUCAAAAUCACCCAACGCCCGUUACCAGUACGCCAUGGCCGUAGAGCUGAGCGAGUUUUACGCUUGCCCCCUCCUCGUAUUCGACCCCGUGUUUACGGAGCCUGAAAAGAAAAUCCUGGAGGAGAUGAGGUCCGAACUUAUACCGAGGAAUGAAAUGGGAAAGAGAAAAGCAACGAAGUCUACGCUGUUCUUCUUGCCGCACUGCCCUCGCGAGCUGUUCAACAACAUCCUCCUCGCCAACUGGGGCGAGAGCCUGGCCAACUGCAUCAUCGCAGGUAAUAACCUGGCGUCAAUAGUCGAAUCAACACCGUCUCGCUCCUUGAAAAAUGAAUUCCCGUACCUAGUCAAUUCAUUUGAACAUGCAGAAAUCAUAGAAGUCAAAAACACAUUUCAAUUUUUGGACGUUUUCAACGACAUGGCUGUUCAUGUCUUUCCUAAUAAAAAAAUCUUAAACUCUGUAUGUUAAGAUAAUUGUAAAUA